CAUGUUCCUGUGAUGCUACAAUGGAGCUUAUACCAUUCGACGAUCGAUGUAUUUGGAGCCGUUGUAGAAGUAAAUCCCAUAGUCGUAGAUUCUGAGUCCUCCUUUUAUUGCAGAAGUUAUGGUGGCAGAUCUUCAAUAUAUAAAUCCUCAAGCAGGCUUGAAUGUUCCUGCAAUGCGGGCUAUGAGGGAAAUCCAUAUCUUCUACAGGGAUGUCAAGACGAAAAUGAGUGCGAGAUUGGGAACUCUUGUCCCGCAGACACCGUAUGCAAGAAUCAUGUUGGGUAUUAUGAAUGCCACUCCCCACAUAGCAUGUCCUGGGUUAAUGUGCUCCUUAUAGGUGAUGGCAUCCUGGCAGUGGUGUGGGGCUAUUAUUUCUACUCAUUGGUGGUGCAUGUUGUGGUGCAUGAGGGUUCAUUCUUGGAUGGAGCUACAAAAUUUAUCUUCUGGUGAAGAAGAUAAGGAUUGAUUUCGAAAAUAUUGA